AAUGAGCGUGUCCGCAGUUCGGUACGCGCGGCGGAGCGUUGACAUGCCGGUAUGUAACUGCGCGAUUCGACGGCGUGAAACUAGUGCUGGCGAUAGAUGCUGGUGGAGGGUCUGGCUCCGACUCCACGCACCACGUGUGGGAGUCGCAUCAGCACAAUAAUUGCCGUGCGCUUGAGCGCUAUAUAAACCACAAAAAGGGUUGAACACGGGAAACCCCGGAACACGAAACCGCACUCCAAAACUGGACUUUUUUUCCUUCUUUUUCUUUUAUCUCACCGACUAUCGUAUUAACGUUGGCUAUUUUUAACCCUAAAAGAUAAACUUUUGUGGAGGUCUUGGUGUGAAUUGUGCGCGCGAAAGUCUUCUUCAGUGUCACACCUACAGCGAACUUUUUUUUUUUUCUUACUGCGACUCAUCUCAACCGGAGGCUCUUUUGUGCGUGUUUUUCAUCCGCACACGUGUUACAGGCGACGAAAAACGCUGGUUCUGGUUUAAACGUCAGCUAUAGAAGUUUAUUUGAUGUGGACUGCAGGCGACCAGUGAAGAGGAGAGUUGGAUUUCUGCGCUCCGCUCUGGCUCACCGACUCUCUAUUUUCCAUUUUGGCAGACGCGCUGAAGCAGCGACACACACUCUCGAAUCCUCCUCCGACAGAGACACACGCGGAGAGGAAGAAGGGGGGAAAAGAGUUAGCUGGAAAUCUUUCUGCUGCCUUUUUUUUUGUAACUGUCCACGCUGCUGUUGUGAUGCGCAUUCCCGUAGAUCCGAGCGCCAGUCGGAGGUUCAGCCCGCCGUCCAACAGCCUCCAGCCGGUCCCCGGGAAGAUGAACGAGGUGAGUCCGCCGGGCGCGCAGCCGGACGCGGCGGCGGCGGUGCCGAGACUCCGGCCCCACGAGAACCGCAGCAUGGCUGAGAUCAUCGCGGACCACCCGGCCGAGCUGGUCAGGACGGACAGUCCCAACUUUCUGUGCUCGGUCCUGCCCUCCCACUGGCGCUGCAACAAGACGCUGCCCGUCGCGUUUAAGGUGGUGGCUCUGGGAGACAUACCUGACGGGACGGUGGUGACAGUCAUGGCAGGCAACGACGAGAACUACUCUGCUGAGCUGCGGAACGCCUCCGGAGUGAUGAAGAACCAAGUGGCGCGCUUCAACGACCUGCGCUUUGUGGGCCGCAGCGGCAGAGGCAAGAGCUUCACGCUGACAAUCACAGUAUUCACCAACCCACCACAAGUGGCCACUUACCACCGAGCCAUAAAGGUCACCGUGGACGGACCGCGUGAGCCCAGGAGGCAUCGGCAGAAACUUGAGGACCCGCCUAAGACCGGCCUCUUCUCAGACCGCCUCAGCGAAUUGGAGAGGAUGAGGGUGCGGGUGACUGUUCCAACUCAAGGUCCACGACCGACUCUCAACACGGCAGCCAACUCCUUCAAUCCACAGGGACAAACACAGAUCACAGGGUCCACCGACUUGAGUCCAUUCCCCGGUCAGUUUGAGCGUCAGUUUCCAGCCCUUUCCUCCCUGACGGAGAGCCGCUUCACCAGCCCAAGGAUGCACUACCCGGCCACCUUCACGUACACCCCACCGGUGACUUCUGCCAUGUCGCUGGGCAGCGCACACUACCACACCUACCUUCCCCCUCCUUACCCAGGCUCCACCCAGAGCCAAAGUGGACCCUUUCAAACCAGCAGCACUCCGUAUCUCUACUACGGCGCCUCGUCCGGCUCCUACCAAUUCUCCAUGGUCCCAGGAGGAGAUCGCUCGCCCUCUAGGAUGAUCCCGCCUUGCACUAGUGCCUCCACUGGCACCACCCUGGUCAACCCAAACCUGCCCAGCCAGACGGAAGGAGGAGUGGACGGAGACGGGAGCCACAGUAACUCCCCGACUGUCCUCAACCCCGGAGGACGAAUGGAUGAAGCUGUCUGGAGGCCAUAUUGAAGAAAAACCACGGCUCAGAUGUCAUGGUCUAAAAGCACAAUUUUUCUUCGAGCGAUCGAUGGAACUGUUUUUACCUUUUGCUCGGAAAUGUAAAAAAUAGACUGGUAUGAACUCGCCCUCCUGGAAUGUGUUUUGACCAAGACGCUACAAAGGGAUUCAUUCUCAGAGCAAUAAUGCGAAAGACAGAUUAUUUUGGUUGCAAGUGGAUCAGACACUAUUUCAGUUUUAAUAUAAUCCACAAGCUAAGGGAUGCUUCGACAAUAUUUGUUACAGACUGCCUCUUUUGUAUAGAAUUUGUAUCACAACAAGGCUUUUUUUGCAGAGCAUGUUUUUUUCUACUACGACAAUAUCAAGAUGCAAAUCAAGCACUGAGUAGCAAGCGCAGAGGCAUCGGUGUGGACCGAAUAAUUUGCUUUAAACCGUCUAAUUUAACUUGUAUAUUAUGGGUGAAACGUUGAUGUACAUUGAGGCGUUUUCUUAGUUUUUAACUUAUAAAGCCAUAAAUUAUGUAUUGUAUUUGAUUCAAAGAAGUGUAAUCUGAAUAUUUUUGAUGCAGCUUUUAAGUUAAAAGUGAACUGAAUGAGGUAAUUUAAAGAGUGAGAGAGGUGUACUUUUUGUUUUUGUUGGUACUACCCAAAGAUUUAAAUGUCAUUUCCAAAGAGUAUUGCGACAUGUUUCUUCUGGUGUAACUUUCAGUUCAACUGCUCUGCACAUUAAACGGCCGACAUCCUUGCGAGGCGUUGACAUGCAUUUGGCUCCGAAUGAAACCUUAGGUAUUUAUUGAGCAAUAACUCGAAUUGUGCCUCUUGGCAAAGUACCACGAACGAGAGCGUUCGUUCAAUGGGGGAAUAAUAAUUAUCCAUCGGAGGAAUGAUGCUGGAUUUCUCCGGUCUGACAUGCACAUGUGUAUUUUUUUGUUUUUACAAAUGUUAAAUGUACACAUGAGAGAGGCUGGUGGGUAGCUGUGAGCGCCCUCUUUAGGUUGAGAUUAGACUAUAAAGCAUCUCAGGAUAUGAAUAAUCCUUUGUUUACUCUGCAGACUUUCUUGUUUGAUCAUCACCUGAGCUGUCUGAUUCCAGUCUUGGCAUGUCAAGUUCUAAGAGUUACAUCCACACUACUACUUUUGUUUUAGCUCUAAAUGGCACUCUGGUAUGUUGGUGAGGAACUGCCUGAAAGCUUCCAGCUAAUUCAGAAAGACGCCUUCUCCUGCGACAUAAGAAAAAUGGUCUCUCUUUGAAGGGUGCUUCGGAUUGGGACAACUUUGUCAUCAUUCGUGUAUGAUAUUAGAGAGUGUUCACAGGUGUCUCCAACGUGGAGCAUUUGAGCUACCGUUGGCUCCAGAGGCUCUCAUGAUUAGCUCGCCCACAAUGAUAAUAUCAAUGCCCCAGUUUGGCACGUUGCCUUGUAAAACUGGUUUCACUUUCUGUCUUGCCAUAACAGCAGUUGUGUGCCCCCUCCAGGAAUAAAAGAGCGGGUGUUUGAUCUGUGGCACGUCGCCUAUACUCCAACACGUUCUAGCCGACAGUCAUUCCAAAAACAAAAACCGCACUUGGUAAAAGAUGGUAAAAUGGUAAAAGAACAUCCUUACUUUUGUAAUAUUAACUCGAGAGUUAACUCGAGAUUAUUGGCAAAUGACUCACACAUUUACAUGAAUGUAGCUUAAAGGAAGUGGGGCCAACAUUUGUGUACUACAGCAACCCAACAGAUACUGUCAAGAGCAUUCUUUAGAAAAACCUCAGAGACGUGAGCGGGUUCACAAACAUGCUAAAGCAUGACAAACUCUUGUGUUGACACACUCUUCCUUGAAGCUACAUUUAGAACUGAUCCAAAAUGUGUGAGUAAUUUGCCAUUUUGUGCGAGUUAACUGAGAUUAAAUGAGAUUAAAAGCAUGUUCUUUUAUACUAUAUCAGCCUUCUUUGGCAAAAGUAGCUCACAGAAAUGAAAUGUUGGAGACACCUGGUAUAUCAGGAUAGAUCAAACCGAAGUUUGUAAGUGCAAGAUUAGCUAGAUAACAGCUAAAAUAUAUUUAGUAAAACUGCAAAACAGUGCUAAGAUAAUGCUAUUUAAAUGUGAAAUAUAGCUACAUAGGUGAAAUCCUGAUAUGAUGGAGCAACUUUGCCUGUUGUGCAUGUGGCAUUCGAGUUCAAACAGUAGUGUUUGGAUGAAGUUGCAGUAGUGUGGAUGUAGGUCUUUCACUCUUUUGUUAUUCCUGGAGAUUCAAAUGCAAAUAUCUGCCUGACAUUCCUGUAUUUAUUUCUUGUUAUUUUAUCUUCUGUCGACAUGUUAAAAGCAAGAUUAAUAGCAUUCCCUGUUCACGUCAAACCCUGACACAAAUCUCCGAAAAAAAAAUCCCGAGGAGCUUGAUAUUACAAAUUUAAAACGACUGGCUGGAGGUGAUUGGAUGCAGCUGCUGGCGGCGAAACGUGCACCCAAAAAACAGAAUGGGAGAUUUGGUGUAUUUUUGUUUGAUAAAGCACUUAUUUUUUGGAGGGGAGGGGGUGAUUUCCAGCAGCACUUGCAGCUGGCUGCCAGCAGGGCGAGCGAUUCGGUCAGGGCACCACGUGAACACGCACGCACUCCCAAUGAAAAACACUUGACUAAACACACCGCUUUGGUUGAAGCUGCUGGUACGUGUUUGCAGAGGCAUUUUCUCCAACAAUCUGAUAUUCUGCGCAUGUAGGUAAUAUAAUAACCCAAUUUUAAAAAGUUGAGAAAAACACAGUCCUGGCCAAGAAUCAGACUUUUCCUUGAAGCUUUGCACGCGGCGCCUGUUUCCACGCCUCUGCAGACUCGCUUAAUAGAAUUGAACAUGUCACCGGUUUAUUUAACCACAAAAGUUGCAUGUGUCAGUCUUUUUCUCGCCUUUGAUGAAAUAUUAACACAAAUCUAAACAGAACGAGAUGUUGGGAUCCUAUAAAACUAUUUAAAUACUGUUUACUUGUCACCGCAGCACUGACGUCCCAUCCUGUCUUGUGUUUUUGAUUUGAACAUCUGCUCCUGUUUCUGUCAAAAGUCGAGUACAAACUUGUAUUAUUUAAUGAUCAAUGUGUAUGAUAUCUAGGAAACGUACUUUUACCGUGCUCUUUUAUAAAGUUUACAUGUUAUGUCUAUUGUUGUGUUUCUCAUCUCACUCGUCAGGACUUCUCUGGGUCUGCAGUAGACUUUUGCUGGUACAUUUCAUGAAGCUGUUUUCCUUGUCUUUUGUGGAACCUGACAACAGUGAGUGAAAUUGGCAUUGUGAUUAAGCAAUAUGUUUAUUUUGAG